UAUUGCCUUGGGAACUUCCUUGACUUCCCCACUUCUUCUUUUCCACGUUCCUUCCUUCCUAUAAAUACACAUCAAGUCCACGCCAAUUCUCACUGCUCCCAAAAGCUCAAAAUCACACAAAAACAAUUCAACCAAACAACACUUUGAGUUGCCCUCCAAAUUCAAAGCAAAAAAAAGAAGAAAAAAAUGCAGAACGUGGAACAAGAGAAAGAGUAUUUAGAUUCGUUGACGUGUCCAAGCUUCAACUGCUACUUCACCGAUCCACUCGCCGGUAUUGCCAAUCAAGUCGGAACACAAGACCGCGUCAGGGCGCAAAACGACGACGCGUUUUACGCAUCGCUAAACGACGACCCCGAUUUCGAGUUCGCCGCGUUUCGAAACGAACCCUUCUCCGACGACUACGACGACGCCGUUUUCCCUCUUUUCAACAGCAGCGACCUCGUGAGCGCCGCCGCCGCGGGACGCGGUUCAAGCGCGGCGGUGCUGCGGUUCCCUAUCACCGGCGGCGAGCUCCGGCGGAGCGAGGCCGAGGCCGAUCCGGCGGCGUCGGAGUCGUCGUCGGACGCGGAGGAAUUGGAGGGGGUUCCGGCGGGGACGUACUGCGUGUGGACGCCAAAUUCGCCGCGGGCUUCGCCGGGAAAGUGCGAGAAGAGCAAUUCGACGGGAUCGUCGUCGGCGAAGAAGUGGAAGCUUCUGGAUUUGCUUCGGCGGAGCAACAGCGAGGGGAAGGAGUCGUUGGCGUUUCUAGCGGCGGCGCCGGAGAAGAAGAAGAUGAACGAGCGGUGGAGCAUUGAGAUCGCCGGAAAAGCGAAGGGGAAGGGUUUCGCCGGCGAGAAGAAGGUGGCGGUGUCGGCGCACGAGGCUUUGUAUGUUAGGAACAGAGAGUUGAGAAAAAUCGAUAAGAAAAAGUCGUUUCUUCCGUACAAGCCUGAGUUACUUGGAUUUUGCACGCGUCGUUUGGCCAAGGCAUUCCCUUCAUUCUGAGGACUUUGCUAAAGCCACUUUUUUUUUUUAUUUAAAAAAAAAACAGAAGAAAAUGGAAUUGGAUAUGUUACAUUAGAUUAAUUGGUUUUUCUUUGGUUCUUUUCGGUGUUUUCUCUUUGGGUUCAAUCUGUAUUGGACAUAGUAAUGUGUAAUUAGCAUAUUGGAGAAGGGUGAAAUGAUUGGUAAUGGUAUACAAAUGCUCACCCAAUUUUGGAUCCAAA